AUGGGUCCAAUCCCCCAGGGUUUCCUCUGGACGGAAGAAGACGAGAAUAGCGAACUGCAGAAGGCGAUUUCACAAGCGGCGCAGCCCCCGCGGAUCCCUAUCAUGCCAGCCGUGAUAGAGCAGCAGAAGAGAGUCUUCGAGUAUCGCCUCCACAUGGCACAACAUCGAUCGGCCCUUGAGAACUCUUCUGACGUCUCGUCGGUAAACGCUCAACCACAAUUGGCGAGCCCACCAGAGACGACGACGGCUCCACAAUCCUUCGAGGGAGUACCGCAUGUGGUCGUGCCUCAGCAACCGCACCACGUCUGGAACUCUGUGGUCGGCAACAGCCCUCACCCGCAAGACCUACCUGCGGCAUUGCUCAGCUCGCCACUGUCUGCGACGUCGGAGCUACAUCCCUGGGGAGGACAAGGAGCAUGGCGCACACCGACGCCCCCCCGGGCUGACGUCAAGGUCGAGGUGGAUGGGGGCAACUGCUCACCUGGGGCGGUCAUGGGGAGCGCCCGAGCAGAUGAGGAUGAGAUGACAUCAGUCGCGCCGACUUCGUCGGGGCUUUCUACCCACGCACAACAUUCAUAUACGCCUCCUACACCAGCUGCCUUGUGCACGCUCGGACGCAGCACACCACCUAACACCUUGGACUCGCGACCCCUCGACUCGACCUACUGUACACGCACAUUCGCCAUCACGAAGACAACGAAGACAGAAAUGCCGGUCCCCAAACACAUCUUCAACCAGAUCAAGGCGAUCAUCCCGCCACUCAACGGCACCCUCCACAAGGGCCAGUCAGGACGCGUAGGCGUCCUCGGCGGUGCCCUCGAUUACACCGGGGCGCCCUUCUUCGCCUCCAUGUCCGCCCUGCGGUUCGGCGCAGACCUCUCCCACGUAAUCUGCUCACCUACAGCCGCCGGCGCCAUUAAGUCCUACUCCCCAGACCUCAUCGUGCACCCCAUCCUCCGCGAAGAAGCCCCCAUCGACUCUGUCAAGGAAACGCUCUCAGGCCUCCUCUCGCGCCUGCAUGUUCUCAUCAUCGGCCCCGGGCUCGGGCGCGAAGACUACAUGCAGACGUUCGCGAAGCUCGCGCUGCACAUCGCCAAGGAGCAGGGCAUGUACGUCGUCCUCGACGCCGACGGGCUGUACAUGGUCGGCCAGGACACGUCCCUCAUCCAGGGCUACCGGCGCGCGGUGCUCACGCCGAACGUCGUCGAGUUCAAGCGGCUGAGCGAGAACGUGAAAAUCGACCCGGACACCCCUGCGGACGAGCGUGCGAUGCGCGUCUCGCGCGCGCUGGGCGGCGUCACGGUCCUCCAGAAGGGCGAGGCCGACAGGAUCUGCACGAACACCGGAAAAGCCAGCAAAGAGGAGGCGCAGCUGAACCAGAUCAAGGAAGGCGAGAGCGCGGAGGAGCUCGUCGUUGUCGACGUUCCGGGAGGGUACAAGCGGUGCGGCGGACAGGGCGACGUUCUGAGCGGGGCGGUCGGGACGAUCAUGGCGUGGGGGAAGUGCUACGAGGAGGGCGCUUACGGCGACGGAUCCAUCCCGCCGUCGAGGAUACCCCUUCUGGCGGCUGUUGGCGGGUCGAUGCUGACGAGGACCGCGUCGCGGCGCGCGUUCGGGAAGCAAGGGAGGAGUCUGGUGACACAGGAUCUCUUUCCGGAGCUUGGACAUGCAUUCGAAGAGGUUUUCGGUUCAGGAGAAGGAGGAGCGGGCGCGCCGUUGGCUCCCAAGGUGACGUCCCAUUCUUUCAACCAGUCAUCGGCGGACAUCAUACUACCUACUGCGGACCAGGUCGAACUCCACGUCCAUAGUCAAAUCCCCGCUCAAGCGUUACCCAUAGUCGGCGACAUGUUUUGCCGCCUUCUGCAGCUUCCCUGCGAUUCACAGGACGUCUAUCGCGUUCGACCUAUCAUACCCGUCGCGGAGUUCCUCGAGAGGCUGUUGCGCUUUGCUUUGCUGAGAGGAAGCUCGGGGUUCAUUGCCCUAUACGUUAGUAUAAUAUCUCGAGAUUCAACAGCGAUUAUCCAAAUCCCAGGAUAUGUUCAGCCAGAUACCGCCAUUCGGGUCCAGGCUGUCAUAGAUAUCACCUUGCGGAGCACAGACAAUGUCGACUUCCAUAUCCACCGCGCCAUCCUCUCAGUUGCUUCGGACGUUUUCAGAGACAUGCUAUCCCUUCCCCCACCUCACGACGACGCAGUGCUCGCGGACGCCGGUGCUUCGCCUUCACCUCCAUCUCGUCCCAUCAUACCUCUCACCGAGAAUGGCAAGACACUCGAGAGGCUACUCUGCCUCUGCUAUCCGAUCAACAAGCAACCAUUGAACGAGCUUGAGGGCGUCGUCCCUGUGCUCAAGGCCGCUCUGAAGUACGACAUGGAGUGGCCGAUAACUCUUCUGACUAAAGAUCUCCUCGAAAUCGCACCCAAGGCGCCGCUCAAGGUAUGGGCGUGUGCCUGCCAAUGCGAACUGAAGGACCUCGUCCGCUCGGCGGCCCUGGAGAUACUCAGAGAGACUGCAAAAGGCGAGGAUACCAAGAAUAGCCGCCUGGCUAGUUUCGAGGCGAUGCUCCAGUCUGCAGGGCUGAGCGUCUUAGACGGAGUCGUCGCAGGCGACUUCUUCCGCCUCCGAGAGUUCAUCCUAGCGGGGGAUCGGGAGGCGCCUUUCGUAAGGUUGGCUCCCACUCACCAGCUCCCAACCCACUCGCCAAUCGCAGGUGUAGCCUCCACUACCUUCCAGCCCCACGUUCUAGAUCCCGACAUCGUCAUAUGUUGCCCAGACGCCACAACCCAUCGCGCGCACGCAGCUAUCCUCUCUCUCCAUUCCCCAGUGUUUGCGAGUAUGAUCGCCGACUCCAGGGCCGAUCAGUCUUGCAAGACUGACGUCCAUCCGCCGCCCAUCGAGCUGAAAGUCGAGGUGGACUCCGACGCUCUGGUCACUCUACUGGAGUUGUGCUACGCAGACUCUUCGGGUCUACCCACCACUCCCUCGCGCCUGGCCACCCUCCUCGUCGCGGCAGAGAGGUAUCAGCUGACCGCGAUCCAGAGAAUUGUGAAGGAUCGCUGGGACGAGGUUGCCAAGGAUAGUCCCUUGGACGCUUACUUCGUCGCGAUCCAGCAUGGUCUGACACCGCAGGCCAGGCUCGCCGCUAGAGACGUGCUAGAGAAGCCUAUUGGUGGGGCUUACGCCCGAUCCAUGGAAUCCUCCCCCGCGCUCUCCUACUAUCGUCUUCUGUCGUACUACACUGCGUGUAGCGCUGCUGUGAAGGCAAAGGCGCAGGACCCGAUGCCUCAGUGGCACAAGGCCAUGCGGUCGGCGUACAGUCCUUAUAGCUACUCCUCAUCACAUUCCAUCCAAGAAGGAGGCAGCAUGGAGCAGUGUCUUCGUGAAAUAGCCGAGAGAAGUGAGGAGGGCCCCCGGCGCGUUAUUGCGGAGCUAGCCUUCAGCUCGUUGCUGAUGCAUCUCGAUGGCAAAAAUGGUGGUUCGAUCUGGCCCAUGUGUAGUAGAGGAUUAUGCUCGGUCGUCGUCAAGGCGGUGCUGACACUGAGCUCCGACUUGGGAAACGCGAUCGUCGAAGCAAUCUCCCAGGUGGAGCUCAAGAUUGACUAGCACUUGGUCGUAGAUUGCGGAACGCUCGUCACUCAUGUCGCUUUAGCACUGUUUCUCUUGCACCGCAUUGUACGAUACAAUGUCUGUUGUCUGAUGUCCGGACUGUAGCGGUCUCAAUCUCCGGCUCUGAUAGUGGAACAAUCCCUGACUUGCGUCAUGGGUACCGCGGGUACGUGA